AUGGCCAUGGGAAGCAGCGAUGGUGCGGCGGCGCGGCGGCACGCGGCGAUGCUCGGCAUCGGCACGGCGAACCCGACGGGCAUCCUGGUGCCCCAGGACGUCUUCGCCGACAACCUCUUCCGCGUCACCAACAGCGACCACCUCCCUGAGCUCAAGGAGAAGCUCAAGAGAAUCUGCGAAAAAUCGGGCAUCGAGAAGCGGCACUUCCACCUGACAGAGGAGACGCUGGCCGCGCACCCGGAGCUGUUGGACAGGGAGCUGCCGUCGCUAGACACCCGCGUGGACAUGACCGUCGACGCCGUGCCGAAGCUGGCGCAGUGCGCCGCGGCCAAGGCCAUCGCCGAGUGGGGCCGCCCGGCCGCCGACAUCACCCACCUCGUCUUCGGCACCUACUCCGCCUGCCAGGCCCCCACCGCCGACCUCCGGCUGGCCGCGCUGCUGGGCCUCCGCCCCAUGGUGAGCCGCACCAUGCUCAGCCUCCACGGCUGCUACGGCGGCGGCAGGGCGCUGAGCCUCGCCAAGGAGCUGGCCGAGAACAACCGCGGCGCGCGCGUCCUCGUCGCCUGCUCCGAGAUGACGCUCGUCUGCUUCGGAGCGCCCGACGGCGGCAACAUCGUCGGCCACGCGCUGUUCGGGGACGGAGAGGGCGCCGUCGUCGUCGGGGCCGGCCCCUUCCUAGACGGCGAGCAGGGCCCGAUCUUCGAGAUGGUGUCCGCCACGCAGACCACAAUUCCCAGGACGGAGCACGCGCUGGGCAUGCGGGUCUCCGGGGGCGGCAUCGACUUCCACCUGGCAAUCCAGGUGCCGACGCUCGUCGGGCAGAGCGUCGAGCCGUGCCUCCUCGACGCGUUCCGUGGCAUCAUUGUGGACGACGACGAUGCUCCACCUCCAUGCUCUGGGAAUGGGAAUGGGAACGGGAGGUGGAACGACCUCUUCUGGGCGGUGCACCCAGGAGGGCGUCCGAUCCUGGACAAUAUAGACAAGGUGCUGAUGCUGGAGCCGGAGAAGCUGGCGGCCAGCCGGCAUGUGCUCCGCGAGUACGGCAACAUGAGCGGCGCCACGAUCGUGUUCGUGCUUGACGAGCUGCGCCGCGGCCGGAGCCCGCUGCCGGAGUGGGGUGCGCUGCUGGCCUUCGGACCGGGAAUCACGAUCGAGGCCAUGGUGCUCCGCUGUCCACGCUAG